AUUGACUUAUAUGAGGCGAAAAAAUAAAAACAAAAUUAGUUUACGCUUUCGGGCCGAUUCAUUGACAUUGGAAGUGGAAGAGUGAAAAUAUUACGAGAAUGAAAGCGAUGAUAGUGAACCUUGCAAUUUUAUUAAUUGGUGUACAGUUCGCCAGUUGUCAACUACGCGAAGGACCGCAAAAAUUAAAAUUCCAUCAAUCUGCAUCUUGUGGCGAACCAUCAAAAACACCGAUACUCGAUUUUUGGAUGGGACCAUGCUAUGACACACCCGGUUGCAAAAUUCCCGACUGUUGCGGUAUGGUUACUGGCACGCAAAGUAAUUUCGGAAUAAAAUACAACGCAACAGUUCCAAUGACAUCAGGAACAUUUCACGGACAGUUGGGUGGUGUUGGAAUUGGGAAUACUGAUCGAAAACAGAUCGGAGUGGGUAUUCCAUCUGUGACAAUACCAGGCGCAAUUGCCAGUUAUGAGACAGAUGCCUGUGAUAGUACGGAAUGUCCUCAAGAAGUUGGAAACACUUAUACGUUCGACAUGGAUUUCAAAUUUCCCACAUCUGCACUUACAACAGCGUUCGUGAAUUGUCAUUACGUUGUUAGAAUUGAAUCGGAUGACGCUGAUACACCAGCUUUGUGUUAUGGCUGUUACGGAAGACUGAUUAACUCAAACUUAUUCCCAAGAUUACGUAAAUUAUUGAAGGAGACUAUCCGAAAUCCAGUCAGUAUUCUCAAAAAUCCGUUGGGUGUUUUAACUGAUCCCGAGGGUUUACUUGUAUUGCCUGGAUUUUAGAAGUGAUAGUAAGUUGUUACAGCAAUUUCAAAGUGGUAAUAAAAUCUGG